UUUUUCGCAUGAAAGCUGAGUUGGAGAAGGUGUUGUGAGGUUUUGCUGCAACUGGUGCGUACAGUUUCAGCAGCUGGGUCUGGUGAGGCUGCGAUACCAUGGAUUUCGGUAGCGUUCUCAGUAGGGCAUCCGAGAACAAAGUCGAUGCCCAGAUCCAGAAGCGUUAUAGCUUGUCAGUGAAACCACCAAAGAAGCAGCAACAAGUGAAACAGGUUCAGUCUGCAGCAGUGCAAGCAUUCCUCAAACGCAAGCAGGAAGAGCUGAGGAAAAAAGAUUUGGAAGACCGGCGGCGGAAAGAGGAGCUAUUUGCAAAACGAGUUGCACUAAAGCAUGACCGUAAGGCUAGAGCAAUGGCUACUCGGACAAAGGACAAUUUCAGAGGUUAUAAUGGUAUUCCUGUGGAUCAGAAAGGCAAAAAGAGGACUUGUGAUGAUGAGGGGAAAGAACAAAGAAUGGAUGACAACAAUGAGGAUUACUAUGAAGGGGAACAGGCUGAAUAUGAAAUGUCAGAAGCAGAAUAUUCUGAAGGUUCUGAGGAGUUUGUAGAGCAUUGGGAUGAGAGAGCAAGUAAACAGCAUUACAGACAGCCUGAGGUAGCAGUUAAACAGCUGAAACAUCAACACAGAGAGCCAGAGAGACCAGCUAGGGAACCCAAAAAACUGUAUAGAAAACCUGAUGAGGUGGCAAAAGUACCUGAACAAGCUCAUAACAAGGCUAAAGUAUCCCAGGUUCCAAAGAAGCCACCAAUGAACUUCACAGAUCUCCUGAAGCUGGCUGAGAAGAAACAGUUUGAGCCGGUGGAGCUUAAGCCACUUAAAAAGGUGGAGGAGAAGCUAUAUACAGCAGAAGAACUAAAAGAACUUGAAUUUUUAGAGCGCAAACGACAAAAACAGAAUGACAAAAUGAAAUCUGAGAAAGUGGUCCCGUUUUCACAUCCAACCAGCUCAUCAAAGAAAGAACCUUCAAUUAAAGGUAACAAAAGCAUAAACAUAGCACAAGGCUCAGGAGAGAAAAAUACCUUAUCCAGAGAGAAUAGCUCAAAGUCUGUCCCUAGAUUUAGCAAAAAACCAAAAAUGUCAUCUAGUGAAAGAUUACCUCCUACACCAUCUCACAAGGCACCAGCUCAAGAAAAGUCCAAGUCUUCAUUAGGGACUGGCUAUUCUACCUCUAAAGCACCUGGUAGUGGUAGUAGUGUGAAAACUUCAAUAAAUGUUUCAGCAAAAUCAGGAAGUAGCUUUCAAACACCAAGCAAAGCUUUGAAACCUGGAUCCAAUGGAAGCCAUUCUGCGUUGUCUUCAAAACACACCCAAAAGAAAAUUAAUAGACCUAUGUCUUCUGGGAAAGUUGAUAAUGUUUCCACAAGACAUGAAAGGACAGAAUCUUCAAGUCUGAACUCCAAAAGUGCGAGUAGUUCAGCUCCUGAGCGACCCAAAGCUUCCUCUGGCUCUAGCCAAAAGCAAACAAGUAGUGCAAACAAAUUGGGCCAGUCGAGGCCCAGUAGUGCGAGUAAUUCUAGGCCGCCUUGUGCAGGUGCUUCAAACUCCACACAAUCAAAAGAGAGAAUUUCAGGUACUCUAAGGCCUAACUCUGGGUCUCUGCAAUCAAAAACCACAAAUGCCUCUGGAUCAAUGAGACCUGGAAAUACUUUGGCUGUGCCUGGCCGACAUGGGAAUGCUCCAAGUCCUGGAACUGGACGACCUGGAAGUGGAGCUGCAGAAUCAAAACCCAAAUGUACUGUGGUAUCAGAAACAAUAUCAUCAAAGAACUUUCCUUCAAGGCCCAGCAAUGGACAGAUGAUCAACAGGAGACCACCGCCAACAGGGCAUAGACCAAUGAUGCACCCGCCAGGAAAUCCUAUAAGGUCAGCUGGUCCUAUAUCAUAUAAACGACGACUGGAUGAUGAUGAAGAUGAUGAGUAUGACUCAGAAAUGGACGAUUUUAUUGACGAUGCUGGGGAACCACAAGAUGAAAUCUCAAAGCACAUCAGGGAAAUCUUUGGAUAUGAUCGCACCAAAUACAAGGAUGAAAGUGACUAUGCUUUGCGAUUUAUUGAAAGCAGCUGGAAAGAACAGCAGAAAGAGGAAGCCAAAAGCUUGCGAUUGGGUUUGAUGGAGGAUGCAGAAGAGAUGAGGAAAGAGGAAGAACUAAAAAAGAGGGCAAGAGCUAAGAAACAGAAACUUUAGUUCAUUGAAGAUGUUUCAGCAAACUUAUUUAUUAUAUUUAUAUAAAAAGAUCUGGUUAUAUUUGAGGUAAUAUGCACUAAAGUAAGCAAAUUAUACACUGUGGUACUCACUAGCUGAUCGACCAAUUCAAGUGAAAAGUUAAAUUAGCAUUAAAGAAAGCAGUGUUGAUAGUGGAAGUAAUUUUACAUAAUUUUGUGGUGCAUUGGCAAAUACAUCUUUUCUCUUUCUAGUUCUAAUGCAAUUAGAUAAGUGUUCUUUUAGUUCACACUGUAUGUGCCAUGAAUUUUAACUGUGGCCCAGGUUUUGAUGGCUCCAGAAUAUUAAUUUGUGUACUACUGAUGUUUAAGAGCUUAAACUCUUGCACAUCUUAAAAUGCACCAAAUAACAUCCAACUUUUGCUGCCUGGUUAGUCUACAUUUUAUAAUUUUUAUUUUGCUUCCAGGAGAGGGCAAUGCAGUAGAUUGGAUUUGGUCUUUUUAUCUCUGGCAUCUCCAAUUCAACCUGGCUUCUAUGUAAAACCAAUUUGUUUAUGUUGCCCAUGGGCUGAUAGUCCAAAUCUCUGAUUAUGUGUUAAAUUUGCAGUUGCACUUGGUGAAAUCCCAAAGUGCCUCAAGUUGGGGGGGGAGGGGGGGAAUAUUAAAAGAAUCCAAGACUGUCAUUCAAUGCACUAACUCUUCCAUUUAUGGCAACAAAAUAGAUUUUGAAUACUCUGAGUUUUGUUUUAUUUUCUCUGCUAUACCAUUUGUCAGAUUAUUACCUCUGUCAUAAUUUUCAGAAAGGAAGUUGUCUCUCAUUGCUUUUUCACACUUAAUUUAACUAAUUCAGUAUUUAUGUCCUCUGGUCCUAGUCCCCUGUUUUUUCUUUGUGUGCGGUAUGGAGGGGUGGAGUUGAAGUAAAAGCAUAAGACACUUUGUUGGAGCUGUGAAAAUUGUUUGCUCUUUACCCAAGUGAAUCACACCUUCCUUGGGAGUGCUAGAAGCUGAUAUUGGGUGCCUAAAAUUGAAAACAUUUCAAUUUGCCUUGAUUAGGACAGUAUUUUUUCAAGAAAAUAAUGUACUCAGUAAUGUCUGUGCAAUUUAUUUGAACGUGCAUCUUGUGUUAGUGGAAAAAGUUAAAAGAUCAGUUUAAAAAAACGGAUAUAGAUUUUGUAAGCUUUUUGAUGAGAAAAAUGCAAGUACAGAUGCAUUAAAUAUAAUUGAUAUUCUGUACAAUAAAUUUUUAUUACAUAGUUUAUCAUAUCAAGUUGUAUGAAUUCUUUUAGACUUUUACAGUAAUAAGUGCAGCUCAAUUCGGCAAUUGAGAUGGUCCAGAAAAACACACCACCUACUUGUUUAAAUGACUGGAACCAAAUAAUUGUUAUUGGAAUUAUUAAAUUACUUACCAAGUAUUAGCAGUUUACCCACUAAUGUAUCAUUGACUUGGGGUUCACCUUGUGUUUUUUGCUGUGCCUAUCACACUAAGAAGGUUUAUUCUGUUUAAAAUUGCAUUGACAUGGAGAAAUUAGAGGAAGUUUAUCACCAUUUUUGCAACAGGCAGAUGUAUUUGAUUUCACAUUGUAUAGCCUAUACUAUUUGGCCUAGAUCAGGAUCAUUGUAUAAUAUUAUGCUAGUGACUUUUAUUAGAUGAGGGGGUUGGGUGUAAGCUCUGUCAAUUAUGGAUCAUCAUAUUAAACAAUAACAUGGGGGGGAAAUUGGUAAAGGAAAAGUUUGGAUACAUUUGUCAGUUAUGUUUUGGGUAAUAUGAGAAGGCUUUAAGAAGAAAGAAGUAGAGGGAUUAGGGGAGUUUACAUCAAAAGUGAAUCAAUGGAGAGAUUUGAAAAUGAGAACAAGAAUUUUGAUUCAAACCACUGUAGGUCUUUGUGCCAAUGCGGGUGAAUGAGCAUGGAUGAUGAGUGAAUGGGACCUGAUAGAGGAGAAGAAAUGUGUAAUGUAGUUAUGGAUGCACACAGUUAUGGAUAUCAUAGUUGAAGAUUGGCCGGAAAAGCAUUGGAAUAGUCUUAAGGCUUAAGGUGAAUCUCUCAAAUGAUUCACGGCAUUGUUUUGUCCACAUGGGAAAAUGUUUUCAAGUCAAAUAAAAUUAUUUUCACCAGUCCACACACAUAAAAGUUGCUG